ACUGCAUUCUGAUUGCUACUUGUACAUCGCAGUUCGAACUUACAAAUUGCUUUUUCAUGUGACUGGCUAACUGCCACAGAAUAUUCUCCUCAUAUUAAGGCAACGAAGCUGGGAGUUUUCAUGUGAGGAAUCGAAUUGGUGGGCAAAAGCAAGCAAGAUGAAGAGCAAACCAAGGGCUGUUUUCAUGGCUUUUGGAACUAAAGGCGAUGUCUACCCUGUUGCCGCCAUUGCUGCAGCCUUUGCUAGUGAUCAGGAACAAUAUCAAGUGGUUUUUAUAACUCAUUCAGCUCAUGAGAACUUGAGAGUGCACUUGAGAGCAAAUCAAGUUAUGUAUAUUCCAGUUUCAUCACCACCUGCCGUUUCGCCUCUUGAACAUUAUGGUUCAACGGAGGUUACUUUUUCUGCCCACAAAAGGGAAAUUACCCAGAAUCAUAGGCAUGAGUGUACUUUGAUCUUUGAGGAUAUCUUUGGAGAUGUCCCAAAUGUGGAGGGUGAUCUUAUUGCUAUUAAUUUCUUUGCUCUGGAAGGUUGGAGUCUUGCAGAGCUUUUUCAGAUCCGUUGCAUUGUGGUUGCUCCUUAUGUUGUUCCUUAUAGUGCUCCUUCAUCAUUUGAACGGCAAUUUAGGAAAGAACUUCCAGAUUUAUAUAAGUAUCUCCAGGAAGCUCCCAGUCACAAGGUUGGCUGGAAAGAUGUCAUCCAUUGGAUGUGGCCACUUUUCGCUGAGGAGUGGGGCUCAUGGAGAAGUUUGGACCUGAAGCUGAGUGCCUUUCCUUUUACGGAUCCUGUAACUGGUCUUCCAACAUUCCAUGAGAGGCUCCCGUCUCCUCUACUAUUGAAAACUGCUAUUGCACUUUCUGACAUACGUAUAUUCUCUUCUAACAUGCACUAUCCUGGUGCCUGUAUUACCUUUUGUAAAGAAGAACUGCUUUCUGACAUACAGUGGCUUGAUGACAGGUAUGGAUUUAGCAAAGAAAUUGUCGAAUACCCUGGUUAUUGGCCAUCAAAAGUGUGGGUUUGUGGCUUUUGGUUUCCUCCCAGGAAAUGGCAGUUUUCAUGCAAUGACUGUGCAGAAAUCUCUGCAUCUGGUAUUUCAGGGAAUUUGAAUCAGCAAAACAAACUGUGUUCUGCCCACCUCGGCUUGCAGUUUUUCAUCGAAUUUCCUGCUAAAGAGCUGCCUGUUUUCAUAGGACUGAGUUCAGUUGGAAGCAUGGGUUUCCUGAGGAACCCUCGUGCAUUCCUUCGGGUGCUUGGAACUGCAUUAGACAUAUCGGGUUGCAGAUUUAUUCUGUUCUCAGCUGGGUAUAAACCUUUAGAAGCAGCAAUUGAGUCAUAUGCCAAGGAAGCAUCCUCUUGUUCAGAACAAACACAUUGGAGUAAUGAAGGAGUUUCUCUUUUCGGAGGUCGACUCUUUUGUUUCUCUGGUUCCGUCCCAUACAACUGGCUGUUUCCAAGAUGUGCAGCUGCAAUCCAUCACGGUGGAAGUGGAUCCACUGCUGCUGCUUUACAGGCUGGAGUUCCUCAGGUGAUAUGUCCAUUUAUGCUGGAUCAAUUCUACUGGGCGGAGAGGAUGUGUUGGCUUGGUGUUGCCCCCGAGCCAUUGAGAAGAGAACAUUUGGUGCCAGAUACAGAUGAGGAUUUCUACAUCAAGGAAGCUGCAAACAUGCUUGUGAGGGCCCUGGACCAUGCACGGUCUUCUGAAGUCAAAGCCCGUGCUUUGCAGAUUUCUAAUAAAUUGUCAAAUGAGGAUGGAGUAUCAGAAGCAGUCCGUGUCAUAAAGGAAGAGCUAAGAAGUUGUCAAUAAUACUAGCGCUCAUUUUUUUUCUUUUUCUUCUUGGGUAUUACAUUAUAGUAGUAGUGGAUCCUUUUCUUUGUAACAAUUUAACGGCAUUUUAAAGUUUUCGUCAGGGUUUUCUCUUUCUUUCACACUUUUGUAGACACCCCUUUCUUGAUAGUUGAACUAAUAUGGAGUAUUAAACUGCA